GUUUCUUUAACCAAAUCGCAUGCCACGGGCGAUUUAAGAAUUUAACUUGUAUUGUUUAUAUUAUUAAUUUUGAUUAAGUUUUAAAGUUGCUUUUAUCAUUAAAUUAAGACAAAAAAUGUUGGCCAGAUUUCACCAAUUGAGCGGCGGCAAUUUGAAAACCUUCAAGCUCAUUGCCUGCUAUUCGACAUCGGGGGGUAAACAACAUAAGGGCAAGAUCUAUGAAUCGGCCAAUGAUGCAGUGGCCGAUGUUCCAGAUGGCGCCAAAAUUCUUUUUGGCGGCUUUGGCAUCUGUGGCAUACCCGAGAAGAUGAUAGCAGCUCUAAAAGAGAAGGGUGUGAAAAAUAUAACCGCAGUAUCGAAUAAUGGAGGUGUGGAUGAUUGUGGUUUGGGUGUUCUGAUCAAACAGAAGCAAUUGGCGAAAGUAAUUGGCUCUUAUGUGGGUGAAAAUACGGAGCUAGUGCGUCAAUAUUUGGCAGGCGAAUUGGCUGUUGAGUUGACACCGCAAGGCACAUUGGCCGAAAAGAUUCGUGCCGGUGGCGCUGGUAUUCCGGCAUUCUUUACUCCCACUGGCUAUGCCACCUUGGUUCAGGAAGGUGGCGCUCCUGUUAAGUACUCGAAGGAUGGCAAAGUGAUUGUUGAGAGUGCCAAGAAACCAGUUCAGGCCUUCAAUGGACGCAAUUAUGUGAUGGAGGAAUCCAUAUUUGCUGACUUUGCCUUUGUAAAGGCCCAGAAGGCCGAUGCUCUGGGUAAUCUGGUGUUCAAUAAGGCUGCACGCAAUUUCAAUGCACCCAUGUGCAGGGCGGCAAAGAUCACAGUGGCCGAAGUCGAGGAAUUGGUUCCAGUGGGCUCACUCUCGCCGGACGAGAUCCAUGUGCCUGGCAUUUAUGUGAAGCGUAUUUUUAAGGGCAGCAAUUACAACAAACGUGUGGAGCGUCUGAGAAUUACCGAAACCAAGGAUCCCAAUAAGCCAGCACCAGAAGUCAGCCCUGCCCAGGCAUUGCGUGAACGCAUUGCUCGUCGUGUGGCCCUAGAGUUUCGUGAUGGCAUGUAUGCUAAUCUGGGCAUUGGUAUUCCAGUUCUCUCCUCCAACUACAUUCCCGAUGGCAUGAAUGUAAUGUUGCAAUCCGAGAAUGGCAUUUUGGGUCUAGGCCCAUUCCCAACAAAAGAUAAGGUCGAUCCCGAUUUGAUUAAUGCUGGCAAGGAGAGUGUUACAGUAAUUCCAGGCGCUGCCUACUUUGGUUCCGAUGAUAGUUUUGCUAUGAUACGUGGCGGUCACGUUGAUAUAACCAUUCUGGGUGCCAUGGAAGUCUCAGCCACAGGCGAUUUGGCCAACUGGAUGAUACCGGGCAAACUGGUUAAAGGCAUGGGCGGAGCCAUGGAUUUGGUGGCAGCACCAGGCACUAAAGUGAUUAUUACCAUGGAGCAUAAUGCUCGUGAUGGUUCGCCGAAAAUUCUUGAUAGCUGCUCCCUUCCCUUGACCGGCAAAGGGGUGGUCGAUCUUAUUAUCUCCGAGAAGGCAGUGUUCCAAGUGGAAAAGGGUGUCGGUCUCACUUUAUUGGAAAUCGGCGAGGGUUAUACGGUAGAUGAUAUCAUUGCUUGCACAGGAGCUAAGUUCACUGUCUCACCCAAUGUCAAGCCAAUGGCUCAAAUUCCCAUCUGAUGCAGGCAGAUAGAAGCUAGAAAACCAUGGUUCAGGUACUCCGAGUGAUAUAAUUGUGCAUUUAUUUUUGAGUAAAGAAAAAAAUAAUUAUGAAAUAAAAGUGAUUUUUUUUUUCAA